AUGGCUGCAGCAAACCCAAAUCCUAAAAUAGCUAACCUAUGGCGAACUGUGAUGGCGAUUCAUCGCCCAAUGCCGACGACUAUGACGACAAUUCGCAUUCAAGCUCUUGACCUAAUACACUUCAUCAGAGAAAGAGAAGGAAGAUUCGAUGAAUUCAAUCAAGCAGUCAAUUUUUCACUUCUCGAGGGAGAUCUCUCCUCUGAUGAGGGAGAUUCUUGGGUUGGUUCCUCAUGGCUAGAUGAAAUCAUCUUCUCAUAUGAAAUUGUUGUUUGUGUCUCAUGUUCCUUAUCAUUUGAGUUUCAUAUAUUAUAG